AUAUAUAUAUAUAUAUAUAUAUAUAACUCUUCUCGCUUUCCUCUUUUUAUUCGGCGUUUCCUCUGCCGGACGCGAAGCAGAGGGAAAAUCGUAUUGAGUGUUUUUGAGCGACUAGAUCGUCUUCCAUGGCCUCUAGGCGGAUCAUCAAAGAACUGAAGGAUCUGCAGAAGGAUCCUCCUACUUCUUGCAGCGCAGGCCCUGUGGCUGAAGACAUGUUCCAUUGGCAAGCUACAAUAAUGGGUCCAACGGAUAGUCCUUAUGCGGGGGGUGUUUUUCUUGUCACCAUCAACUUCCCUCCAGAUUAUCCCUUUAAGCCACCCAAGGUUGCUUUCAGGACCAAGGUUUUUCAUCCAAAUAUCAACAGCAAUGGAAGCAUUUGCCUGGACAUCUUAAAGGAACAAUGGAGUCCUGCUUUAACUAUUUCCAAGGUGCUGUUGUCAAUUUGCUCCCUCUUAACUGAUCCAAACCCAGACGAUCCUUUGGUUCCUGAAAUUGCCCAUAUGUACAGGACAGACAGAACCAAGUACGAGUCCACAGCGAGGAGCUGGACCCAGAGGUAUGCAAUGGGCUAAGACAUGUGAAAAGUUGGAGGUUCCUAUGUCUACGAUGGCUGUAUUAUUUACAAGAACUAAUUAUUUAUAACAUCGAACCGAAGUAGUACUCUGCUUGUGCCAUUUGAUCCUCUAAAAGACUACAUCAAGGGAAGUUGUUACCGCACAAACUCAUCACACUCUUGUUGUAUUUUGUUGUUUGUAUCAUUAUAUGAUAACUGUGUUGGAGUCUAUGGAAGAAUUUCCCUUCUCUCUUA